AUGGUUCGGCUGCUCCCAGCCCCCCGCUACAGAGCCUACUCGGGACCCUAUGUCCCGCUCACGGAGGCUGACCCUGACCCUGACCCUGAGCCGAGCCAGAGCCCCUCCUCCCAGGCUCCUCCCCACACUUCCACUUUGAUCCCAGCAAACCCUGAGCACCAGCCCAGGGAAGAUGACCCCUGGCCACCUGCAGCCAGCGAUGACUUCCGGGCUGCCCGGAGGUGGUCCGGGCCCUCCCCGCAGCCGGGCAUCCUGGGUGCAGCUCCCCGCGAAGCCUGGCUGGACUCCGGCGAGGUGCCCCGCGCCCCGGGGCAGGCCUGCAGUUGCCCAGAGUGGUCUGCAGGCGAGGAGUCGGCGACCGGAGGGAACGGCAGCGGUUCUGUGUCAUCCGGCCGCCUCUCCGGCUCCUCGGGGGGCCACGAGCUUCGCACACCACCCCCUGGGCUCUGGAAGGAGCGGCCUCCCCAGGGGCCCCCGAGGCAGCCCAGGCAGAGUGACCCCAGGUUGGAACGGCUGCGUGACAAGAUCCGGGCCCAGGCAGAGUGGCAGGCCAGCUGCAGCUCGCUGGGUACCUCAGCACCGUCCAAUGCCUCGCGCCUCUGCAAGGGUCCCCGGCCAGUGCCCCAGAAGAAGGUUCGCAAGGUGGCCCGUGUCCCUGCCACCCAGGCAUGCCCAGGCUUCAGGGUCCUUCGAGAUGCCGAGAGCCAAAUGGAAGACAAGGCAUCCGUCAGACAGAGGCGCGAGCCCGCCAGGCUUUCCCGGCGCCAGGCCUCCGAUUCUGAGGUGGGUGUGCACGCCUGGCGGAGAGGACAAGCCCUGGUGAGGCUGCUGCUUGGGCCCCGCCCCGUGCUGCCUGGGCGCCAGAGCCAGGCCCCCUUGAGAGAGCCAGAGCCAGCCCCCACCUUGGAAUUAGGGGACAGCAAGAAGGUUCUAGCUGUGGCAGGUGGCCCUGCCUCCCCCCGGACACCCAGCCCAGCCUGCAGUGACCAGCAGGUGUCUGUCCACACACCCAGCCCGUCCUCCGGGGACCAGCCAGCCACCAUCCAGACUGCAAUGGCCAUCCUGCGAGACCUCCGCCGGCAGAUCCAGGCCGGGCUGGACUUGGCCCGGCACCCCCAGGCCAGGCAGGGGCCAGAGCUUGGGCAGUCCAAGUUGGAAGGGCAGGACUCAACAGAGAGGAGACAGCAGGGUGCCUUCUCACAGAGGCCUUGGGCCACGACCCAAGACCAGGGCAGUGCCCCAGAGAGGGCUUGGACCAUCCCCGGGCCCUGCAGUGCUUCGGCCGGGUGUGGGUCUCACCCCCAGCGGGCCUGGGUGGCCGAAGAGUGGGACCCCUCUUUCCAGAGACCUGAGAGCCCCCCGGCAAGGCUGGGCUCCUCCCCACCGAGGCCCUGGAGCAGUACAGCGGGCCAGGACUGUGAAGACUGGCGUGCUACUGUCCGCGGGCCGUGGGAACCUCCGGAAAGGCCGUAUCCGGCCCACCGGCCCCGGAGCACCUCCUUCGUGCAUCGAGCGGGCGCCCCAUGCAAAGGCGGGGGAUCGGGGCCGCCGAGGCGGGAAGGAAGCAUCCCUCGGGCGCCCGGGAAGGAGAACGCGGAGGAGCUGGCUGCCGGCCACAGGCCCCGGGGCGUCCCGGGCCCGCCGCACAGCCCCGAGUCCUUGCGGGCGUUCAUGCGCCACAGGGCCCAGGCGCGGAGGCGCCAGGCGCUGCAGGAGAAGGCGGCGGCCGCGCAGGCGCAGGAGCUGCGGAGCCGCCGGCUGCAGGAGGUGUACCGGAAGCAGCGGGAGGCGGCGAUCGGGAGGCCCGCCCGGGUGGUCUCCCAGAGCAGCCCGGGCAUUGUGACCUUCGUACCGCACUGUGCGCCGCGCGGGGGCUUGGACACCCCUGGGAGCGUGGGUCCGCCCGUGCUGGAGUGGAGUAAGGUGACUUCAGGCAUGGUGCUGGGGGACCAGGAAGCCCCGGGCAGCUUCUGCCUGUGUCUCAACAAAGCCUUCACCCGUGACAAGACGGGAGAGAUGGAGGACAGCAGUUCCCCGCUGUUGUCCGCUGAUGCCUCCCUGCGCCCGUGGAAGCUCCAGGACCCACCCACAAGCUACCUGCCGCCCCAGCUGUGCAUCUUCCUGGACCCUGAGGAGGCCACGGGCCUGGGUGUGGCCCGCCCCCUGCACUUCCAACACAAGCAGGCCCAACUGCAGGCCCUGGAGACCACGGCCAACGUUCUGAAGCGGCGGAUUGACAUGCUGACCAGAAAGCUGCACAAGCCCGAGGCCCCGAACGCACCCCAGGACCUGGGUCCAGGCCCGCCUCCCCCCCUGCUGCCCAGCACUGAACCAGCCCCGGUCUGGCCUACAGCCUUGGUGCCCAGUGGGGAGGCAGGGGCGUGUCUCUCUUCCCCCUGCCUGCCGGUCACUGAGGCACUGCCCUGGCGCUCUGGCCAGGAGUCGUGGCAUCGUGCGAGCCCGUGGGACCAACGUACAAGCAGUCUCCAAGCUUCCCUCUUCCAAAAGGGGCUGCACCAUGACAAUGUGCUCUGGGUCCCUAGUGGUGCAAGAGGGCUCACGGGGCACAGACCUUCUACAGUGGAGCAGAGGCUGCCGAGAGCUGCAGGCUCCUUCCGUCCUGAGAGCGCCUUUGCAGGCAGCUCACACGGGGUGCCUGCCACGCCAGACCCCCCCUGCAGCUCCCUGCAGCUGGAGGAGCUGCUGGCAGCCAGGAGGGUUGGCUCGGAGAAGCCCUGGACCACCCAGACCUGCGGUGGGCAGGAGCCUGGCGGGCCACGUCUGGGGGAGCUGCAGGGCGACCACCUCACCAACAUCUGGCAGAAGUCUUUGAGCUUUCUCGAGUCCCUGAAGCUGGACCAGCAGAAGCAGGCAGGGGCGCUAGCCCUUCUGCGGCAGCGGGCGGAGCGUGAGGUCAUCGAGACGCAGGCAGCCCUGGACAGACUCUUCUUCCGGCCCCAAAUGCAGGUCAGUGGCAUCCCCCAGGGCUCCAUGGGGCUCCCAGGGCCCCAUGAUGCCCCCCCAGGGCUCCAUGGCAUCCUGUACCUCCAGGUCAGUGGCAUCCCCCAGGGCUCCGUGGGGCUCCCAGGGCCCCAUGAUGCCCCCCCAGGGCUCCACGGCAUCCCGUACCUCCAGCAGCUGACCAAAGCCAGACCAGAAAUGACUUCGGAGCUGGAGCAGCCCCAGGUUCGUGGGGCCCCAGAGCUGCAGUCUGCUUCUGCAGCCUGUGGGAGGGCUGGGAGCUUGGCCAUCCUGGGCCAUGCCGUUCAGCCCUCCAGCUCCAGCAGGCGGGCCAUGCUGCGUGUCAGCCCACGUGGGACAGAGACGGGCUUGGCCUGGUCAGCAGCGGCCCAGCUUCUUGGGCCCUGCUCCCAGCUGACCUCCACGGUGGCCAACACCCUCUCCCUGAAGCCCUGGUCACAAAUGCACGGUCUUUUGGGGGAGCAGGGAGCCCCCUACCGCAUUCCCCAGGCCUGUAGCAUCCCCACCUGUACCCAGUUUGACGUGCACUGGGACUGA